UACAUUUGGUGUGGCAAUGCCCUUAUAUAUUACUAGUAAAUCCCUACCAAAAGCAGCUUCAUCUAUGAGAGUAUAACUGAAGUUGCCCUGAGGGCGUAUAAAUAUCUCACUUGCAAAAAAUGUAAACAAAGAUGGCCGCCAUACAUUGUAAAGUCACAUUGACAUGAGAUUUUAAUAAAUUCUGAAUAAAUAUGUUGUGGCAACCAUCAAAUUAUAUUUUGUUUUUAUUUGGCAAAAUAAUAACAUAUAUUAAAUAAAAAAUUCAAUCCAAUAAAUGAAAAAAAUAAUAAAAUCCCAAAACCCAAGACCAAGAAAAUUGGGUUCUGGGUAAAUACACUGUUGUCGUCUGCUAGCUGCUGCUGCUGAGAAUGGCUGAUCAACAGAACCUUGCAAUUGGUAACUUUAAGAUGGAAAUACCUGAAUGUUUAAAAGACAACGACAGUAUUUCAAGUGAAGGCGAUGAUAUAUUGAGCAACAUGAACAUGGCAGAAUUAGAUCUUCUUGGAGAACUGAUUGGAAUUGAUCAUGAUGAAUCCCUCCAAGAAGCACUAGCCAGCAUCCAUGACCAUGGAGAAUCAGAUUCAACAUGUAGGCCUACACUCGAACCUGCCAAGCAUGAAGUUGAAAUGGAUGAAGACUUUGUGGAACCAAAACCAAAAAGAUUUAAACAUGUGACAACAGAAGAUAUUGAAAAGUUGUUCGAGGAGAGACAAGCCCCUAGUACAAAGAAAAACACAGCCUAGGGAUUAAAAAUAUUUCAAGAGUGGAACAAGGAGACAACAGGGAGGGAGUUAAACCUGGGUACAGUUUCCGAAGAAGACCUUGCUGAAAGCCUCAGUAAAUUUUACUGUGAAGUGCGGCCAGCCCCCAAAAGUCAAGACCAAGACAAUAUUGAGAAUGUGUACCAUAGAAACAGUCUCAUCAGCAUCCGAGCAGCAAUAAACCGACAUUUGUCUGAUAUUCACAGAAACAUUGAUAUCGUCAGGGAUAAACAAUUCAAAAUGUCCAACGGAAUACUAGAUGGCCUUCUUAAACAGAGAAUGAGACUCGGCCUUUCCAAACCGGUGACGCACAAAGAGAUUAUAGACCAAGAUGACCUGGAGAAAAUUGCAGCUUAUUUUGAAGAAGCGCCCAACUCACCAGUGAUUUUACGACAAUAUGUGUGGUAUACACUCGCAGUUCAUUUCGUGUCGAGAGGAAUGGAGUUCCACCAUCAGCUGAAGCUGGAUUCCUUCAUCUUUGAAGGCGACAACUCUGAAGAGUUUGCUACAAUGUCGCACGAAACACAACAAAAAAAUAUGCAGGGUGGCCUGACACAUGCUGGUGGGGAUGGGGGGAAGCGUAUGUAUGCACAUUACGACAACGCUACGUGUCCAGUUAAAAUGCUAAAAAUGCUAAUGGAAAAAACUGACCCUACUGCUACGAGUCUGUUCAACCAGUUUGACAAAAGCGCGUCACUGAAACCAAAGGAAAGUGCGAUAUGGUACACCAGUAAAGGUCUUUCAAAGCGUACUUUCGCGAAAUUCUUGUCAGACAUAUGUGUAGCAGCGAAGGUCGUGAAGAAAUACACACCUCAUUGUCUGCGAGCAACAGCGAUACAGUUCCUGAAUGACGAAGGAUACGAGGCACGACAUAUAAUGUAUAUGAGUGAUCAUAAAUGCGAGUCGUCGCUCAGAUCGUACAACAGAAAUGUAGCCACUCACCAGAAAAAGUCGCUCAGCUCGUCGUUGUCCGCCAUUAUCCAACCCAAAGCGAAACUUGGCGAGGUCUCUCAAUCCGAUGAAUUGAGUGCGGUCGCUGCCGUUAGAACAGUGUCUCUGCCCGUGCAGAACUCGUCGGCAUCUUCUGCAUUAGUCCCCAGUAACAACUGUCUGUCCCAAGUGUCUGUGAGGUCAACACACAACUUCACUCCUGGGUUUUUCGCGAAUUCCACUUUCUCGGGUUGCAUUAUCAACAUCAACCGACCGGAUUGCUAACUGGGUCAACCUAAUCACCGCGGACUAUGUAAACCGCAGAAUGAGUGCACCGAAUAUAGGCCGCACUGCUACAGUUGUUAACAUGUUCUAUGACACUUCAAUAGUUAUUGUAUGAAUGUGAUUUGUUUUUCAAUAUUGAAUUAAAUAUGUUCUAAGUAUUAAAACAAAUGAAUAUAAAAAGAUAGCGUUGUUUCGUCUUUUCAAAUAGUGUAGGAAAUUGCGCGUGACGUCAGCUGUUACUUGUGCGCCGUUCUAGAUAUUCACCUGACCUGACGGUAGAAAGCGGGAAAUUUGAAUUUUGGAAGAUUUUUUCAUAUUUUUUUAUCUUU